AUCAGACAACACCUGGUAGUGAUGAGCCUUGAUUUCUGAUUCUUCUGUCUUAAGCUGCUGAGACACUGGAUAUAGGCCAGGUCACCAAGGUUGGCUUCAAUAAGCAUCUUAAAGAGAUAAUCCUCAGGCCUACAUUAGCUUCCUGCUUCCUAAUUUUUCUUUUAAAAUAAUUUAUUUAUUCACCUUACAUCCUGAUUGCAGCCUCCCUUUACUCCCAGUCACACACACACACACACACACACAGCCCAUCCUCCCUCCUCCUCAGAGAAGGGGGGGAUCCCUCAUGGAUACCAACCCUCCCUGGCACAUUAGGUCGCUGUAGGACUAGGCACAUCCUUUCCCAUUGAGACCAAGGAAGGCAGUCAAGGUAUGAAGAACAGGAGUCAAGGGGAGGCAUCAGAGUGAGAGAAGUCCCUUGCUCCGGUUGUUGGGGGAUCCACAUGAAAACCAACCUGCCCAUCUACUGUGUGUGUCCAGGGGGCCUGGGACCAGUCAAUGUAUCCUCUUUUGUUGGUAGUUCAGACUCUGUGAGCCCCAUGGACCCAGGUUCAUUGACUCUGUAGGUCUUUCUUGUGGAGUCCUUGACCUCUCCAGCUCCCUCAAUCAUUCCCUCAGCUCUUUCAUAGGAUUCCCAAGUUCUGUCUAAUGUUUAGCUGUGGGUCUCUGCAUCUGUUUCGAUCAGCUGCUGGGUGAAGCCUCUUAGAGGAAUUGUGCUGGGUUCCUGUCUGCCAGAAUAGCCGAGGAACAUUAAUGGUGUCAGGGAUUGGUUCUCUCCCAUAGGAUUGGUCUCAACUAGGGCCAGUUUUUGGUUGGCCAUUCCCUUGAUCUUUGCUCCAUCUUUGUCCCUGUACAUGUCGUAGGCAGGACAACUCUGGGGUUGAAGAUUUUGUGGGUAGGUCAGUGUCGUUAUUCCUCCACUGGAAGUCUUACCUGGCUAUAGGAGGCAGCCAGUUGAGGCCACAUAUCCCCUGGUGCUAGCAGUCUCUCCUAGAGGAAUCCGCAUAGACUUCCUAGGGCCUCUACUGUCCAAGGUCUCUGGCAAGCCAAAGAGAUGGCCCCCACCUCCUAUUUCUAUUCUCUCCGCUGGCCCUCCCCAGCUCCACCAUUUCUAAACUCUAGGGUUGCUCCACCUCCCCAUCUGCUCUCCUACCCAGUUCCUUCCUGCUGACCACCUCCAAUGCCUAUUUUAUUUACGGUUCUUAUUUUUCUCAUACUUUAUAAGAAAAGUGAUUAAUCUGAAUUUCCCAUGCUGUAGUAAGAUUCUAUAAGUAGGUCGGAGCUUUAAAAUCAGUGUUUUAAAAGAAAUAACCAUGAAACGUGAUAAAUAUUACUGUGAAAUACUCGACUCCCAGGUACUGUGACCACAAGGCUUUAAAACAGCCUGAAUCUCCCGUGGUUGCCCCUACAUUUCAGUCUGUUUCUCUCCAACUGGGACACAGUUUGGCCGGCACUAAAGGACUGCACCAACACCCUUUCCUUGUUGCCUGGAAAUUCUUUGCGCUGACUUGUGGGAAAUGUAGUCCAGACCAGUAUGGCGUCACCGGAUAUGGCGGUUGGGAGCAAACUUCCGUAUCACUUAUUCAAACUUCGCUUCUCCAGAAAGUUAGGCGAGUGUCCUCCUCAGCGCUGGGCUUGGAUCUCUGACCUGGAGGUUGGUGAAGGAGCAGCGGCUUCCUGCAGAUCUGAGCGACUGUGCACGGUGGCGGGUCCGGCGCGGAGGGCGCUGACUUGGGCUGGUUGGGACGACCUGGAAGGUGACAUGCAGGAUAUGCUAUCAUUCUGGGAUGUGGCCAUUUAUUUCUCUGCAGAGGAGUGGGAAAUCCUGGGCCCUGCACAGUGGAAAUUGUACAGGGAUAUGAUGUUGGAGAAUUAUAACAACCUUGUGUUUCUGGGUCUUGCUUCCUCUAAGCCAUACCUACUCACAUUUCUAGAGCAAAGACAAGAACAUGCAGAUGCGAAAAGACAAGCAGCUGCCACCCUGCACCCAGGUGUGUCAGAAAGAGGGGCCCAGAGGACAGAGUGGGAUAUUCAAACGUCCAACAGAAAGCCAUUGAGACACAAUGUUCUGGUGGAAAUUCAUCUCAUAGUGAUUUUAUUUUUUGUCUUUUGCUGUCUGUAGAGGACAUUUAUGUGACAUUUUUGGUGCUUUCAUAAGCUUUGUUUUUUCUUACCAUGUUAACUUGUGUUUCCCAUGACAGCCAAAGCUCUGUCGUUUCAUCGUGAUCAUUAACUUGAGUAUUAAUUUUCUUCAAAAGAGGUGCAUGAAAAUUCUCAUCUUCAAUCCUUGAAAUUUAUUAUUGAAUGUUAUUGUGGACCAUCUUCUUCUGCCUAACACUCAUAACUUCCAAACCUAAAACUCGUACUUAGGAUAUAUACAAAUUGUGCAUACAAGUGUUUUCUACAUUAAAUUAUUUUUAUGCUUUGUUUAUAUCUAGUCAUAAAACUUCUUUAUGUGUUUAAAGGGCUGAUUUGCAUUUACAUAAUGCUAUUAUAGCUUUUCUUAGUUGUCGAUAUUAGGCCUUCCUUACAUGUUUGACUUUGAUUAAUAUUCCUUGGUUUCUGUGUUCUGUUUUCAUAGUCUUCUUAUUUCAAUGGAAAGUUACUUGAAUUUCACCUAUUUGUGUUUUAAAUUCCACUUUAUUGAAUACAUGUAUAGAAUUUUGAAUGUAGCUCAUCAUUUAUAUAAUAAAAUGCAAGUAUGAGUAAAAGUUUGUUUUUAAAAAUAAGCAUUGUAAAUAUAAAAAAUUUUGCUCUGCUUUCACUCACUUCUCAACCUUUA